AUGUCAAACUUUGCCAUAGCCCAGGGCAUCAUUGUCCUGAUUGGCGUCCUUGUUUACUCUCUCUUCUUUCGCAAAAAGCGUGAAGUUCUUCUGCCUUUACCACCGGGCCCAAAACCUCUCCCUAUUCUCGGUAAUAUCAGGGACGUGCCGGCCCCUGGAGAACCAGAAUACGAGUACUGGCUUACGUUGAAAGACAAAUAUGGUCCUAUAAACUCUACAACCAUUUUGGGUCAAACUCAGGUCUUCAUUUACGAUAGGGAAGCUAUUACUGAGCUUUUGGAGAAAUCGUCUUUGAAGACCGCUUCAAGGCCCCAGAUGGACUUCUUAGACUUGUGUGGCUAUGAUCGGUGGUUGAGUAUAAUGCGAUAUAACACUCAGCAUAAAUUUUUCCGCAAAAUUAUUCAUCAACAGAUCGGAACCAAGCUCCUCUCGACCCAAUACAUUGAUAUUCAAGAUGUUGAAUCAAAGCGUUUUCUAUUGCGCGCUUUGCUGGAUCCUACCCAUCUAUUCGGACAUGCUAAAACCGAAGGGGCUUCUAUCAUAUUGAAACUCACGUACGGCUAUUCAUCAGAGCUAUAUAAACCAGAUCCACUGGUUGAGCUAAUCCAAGAGGUUCUGAGAAACGCCUCCCUGGUCAUGGUUCCUCUUUCAUGGGCUGUUGAUAUUUUCCCUGUUCUCUCGUACCUACCUGGAUGGUUCCCAGGUGCAGGCUUCAAGCGGAUUGCUCGCGAAUGGAGAGCGUUACUCGAUGCCUCUGCUGACAUUCCUUAUGAAUUUACCGAGCAGCAAAUGAGAAAAGGCUCGUAUCAGUCAUCAUACACAUCCAAACUUAUUAAUUCCUUUAAGAAAGAUGGCAGGGAGAUAGAUGAAGAGACGCUUGAAGCUAUUAAAUGGACAGCAUCGAUAAUGUUUGCCGCCGGCGCAGAGACUACAGUGUCGACGGUCAUAUCAUUUUUCUUAGGCAUGGUCUUGCAUCCCGAUGUUCAACUAAAAGCUCAAGAGGAAAUCGACAGAGUGGUUGGAUCUGAUCGCCUGCCCGAAGCCAGCGACGAGGAAAACUUGCCCUACGUUAGAGGCGUGGUUAUGGAAGCUCUUCGAACUUUCCCUGUCUUGCCCAUGGGAAUAGCUCAUGAAGCUGCGGAGGAUAUAGUCUUCCGGGGUUAUCGCAUUCCCAAGGGCGCAUAUAUACGCCCUUGUAUAUGGUGGUAUUUUCACGACCCAAAAACCUACGCAGACCCUUCGAGAUACGACCCUGCGCGUUACCUCGAACCCCGGAACGAGCCAGAGCCCAUGGACGCGUUUGGGUACGGUCGUCGAGUAUGCCCUGGCAGAUUUGUUGCCCAAGAGACUCUCUUCCUCACAAUCUCACGAACAUUGGCGGCCUUCACGAUUAGCAAGGCAAUGCAUAACGGGAAGCCAGUUGAUUUUGUACCCCAGCAUGCACCAGGCGGGCUAGACCAUCCGCAAGAUUUUCCCUACAGCAUUGUUCCGCGAAGCGAAAAGCAUGCAGAAUUAGUUCGAAGAGUAGAGGUAGAUCACCCGUGGGAAGGGAGCAACGUGGGAGACAUUCAAGGGAAUGCUCUAUUUGACAGAUAUAAGGCGAGAUGCGAUGCUGGAAUAGGCAGCUACUAA